GAAAUUUGGAAGCUACAUUUCCCCCAAUUGCAAGUCAUUUUCCUUGCAAGCUAGGAAACAGUCAAGAACAAUUUUCCUGUCUAAUAAAAGUCAACUUUUCAAGAUCGUACCUAAGACAUUACCCGAUCAUGAUGAAAACCAUACCUGACAUUUUCCAAGCACUGUUCAUAUCUAUAACCACACGUAACCUGAUUAUACACACAAACUUCCUCUGUGACCGGCCAUUACCUGAGCCGCACGACAUGCUCGACCCAACCCUAAAGCGUGGAGAAGCAGAAAGAAGGAAGGAGAAUCAAGCUGGGCUUCCCAGUAAGCGAAGAGGAAGCAAUGUGGGCUCAUUAACAACGAGUCUAUUACCGACGUCGAGGGCUCGUCUAGUGACGCGUGACAGUAUUUAUUAUUACAGGUUAAGUAAUGCGAAGACUUGUUUGUGCGAGGACACUGCAACUGAUAACUUCCUUUGGACGUGGGUUAAUACAGAUGCUUCGUCGAUCAGGUACUUGUCUUCUGUCGUAAGUGCUAAUUAAAAAAUCUACGUAUCAAGUUUUAGUGACUCAUUGUUUUGACAUUUUUUUUCGCUUUUACCUUGGAGUAUUUAAUGGACAUCUUGGACUGAAAAUGAUGAUAAUAAUGGCAUCCCUUUAGAUUAUAAUUCCUUCAUUCUGCCUAAAACAAGGAGGAGAGGAUAUUGGAAAAAUAGUUUACCUCGGUGUUAAUGUAUCGAAGUGGGAAUGGCUGAUCUAGCUAGAAGUCAAUGAAGGAAACUGUAUAAAGUGUUUUUCUGCAAACUGCUGCCAACAUUAAGCUCAAGGAAUCAUUGGACACUUAAUAUUGGAAAUACAAUGCAGCCGGCUGAUUAUUGAAGCACAUGUUUAUCAAACUCUCUUCAAAACAAAUAUUGGAAACUGGGAGCUUUGGAACAUCUCUCCUGCUGUUGUUUUUUUUUAUUUUAUUAUAAUGGAGGCCUGACUGUGAAUUGUGACACUGGUACAUAUUGACAUUUCUGCUUUCUCAUUAUCAUGCACAAUCUGCUUGUAUUGUUCUGGUACCCAGAGGGCAUUUGUGAGUGGAAUUGAGUUAUAGCCGCCCUUUUUGUUAUGUAGCAUGGACCAUUGAUUAAAAUCCAAUACCGACAGCCAGAACUCGAUGCCGGACAAUUUGAUGAUAAUUCUGCCUGUUACAGACAGCUGCGGUCUAGUACUUUCAUUAAUAUAGACCUUAGGUAGCCGUGUAUAGUUGUAGCUCUACAUGCAACUGACAUGUAUUUCACCCUCCCCGUUAUGUGAGAAGUCAGGAAGUUGUGUAUAGCAAGUUCUGGUAGCCACUAUCAACUCUCAGGAGAGUGCCGUUUUCAAUGACUGCUGAUGAAUGAUGGGAUAUUGCUCUUUAUGAAUUUUUGAUGAGAAGGUUUUAGACACCUUGUGUUUUUUUAGUCUAUUUGUUGGAAAUUACUUUGGUCUUGUUUUACUGCGGGUCCCGGAUUAUUUAACGUUUCUAUUUGUGUGUACGUAACAAUCUUUUUUUUUAAAGUCGAAAGCGGACUUGAUAGCGAUGAUUGAAUUUUAGCUGUGAUGGAAGAUUUAUUAAAUUUCCCUGGCAUAUUGGAAGUUCAUUAAGUCUAUAAUACAAGUGUGCGCAGUAGGAGUCCGUGGUUUUGUCAGGUGCUCUAAUGGUCGUAUGAAAUAUUAAUCUGACAUUUCAUAUUUCAAAAUAACUUAGGCUAAUAUACUGAAAUGAGAGUCUUGUGGAGAUGACCUGUUUUCUUAUAAACAGAAACAAAGAGAAGAUGCCCUGUCUCACACAUGAUUGGACGCUUCCAAAUAGAAUGACACUUGCCUGGUGACUUCAGCAGCGAGCAAUAUUUGAUCAGUUAUUUCAUGUGCACAUUCGACAGUAUACAUGUGUUUUCAAUUUUUGAUUAGUCUCCAUAUAAGAUGAAAGGAAUUUAUGUGAAAUCAAAUUUUACAAUGUGUUUUAUGGGAAUUAUUGUGACCUUAUAUUUCAAUGUGGCACAAGGGCAGGUUCAUUACCCCCAAGGGCAACAGUAUCCACCCCCUGGGGGUCAGUACUCCACAGGAGGGUUCUUACCACCAAUGGGACCCAUGGAGCCAUUUCCUCUUGAAAGCAUGGAGAAUUUUACAGAGGCAUUUGGAGAAGAAAUCAAAAUGCUGACCUACAAUCUUACUGCUUAUAGGAGUUAUAACGAAGAGGCCCACAGGCAGCUGACAACAGCUAAGGUGUUUGACCCCCAGGACCUGGUGGACAAAAUGGCCCGUGAGAUAGAGGAACUUCUGAAGACCAAGGUCAAAGCUGUUGAGAAAUUGGUAAAAGCAGCAGAAAAUGCCAGGAAAGACCAUGAGUAUAGGAAAAACUUGCAGCUUGAAUAUGUGAACAAUAAGAAAGUAAUAAGUCAGGAAGACAUGGAGAUGAUGGGACUCAACUCAUCGUCGGUCUUUGAUAUCUACUACAUGAUCAACUUGACGCAGGACACCCUGUUCAACGACGUCCAGAUCAACCCAAACUACAGCACCAUACACGUGCCAACCAAUGUCUACGAUCAAGCCCCAGUCAUCCUGAACGGGAUUCAGUGGUCUAAGAAGCUAGAUCCGAUAUUCAAACAGAACAGGAAGGAGACGUCCGACCUCCGCUGGCAGUACUACUGCAGUGCCGACGGAUUCCUCCGGAUUUAUCCAGGUGUGAAAUGGCCGAAGAACAAUGUAGAAGAGAGUGUGGACAUGUACGACUGCAGAGUCAGAAGCUGGUACAUUAAGGCAGCCAGUUCUCCCAAGAACAUGGUGAUACUGGUGGACACCAGCGGAAGCAUGAAAGGUCGUCGACGGAUUAUCACCGUCAAAACCAUUCAGAAACUGCUAGAGACACUUAGUGACGAUGACCACUUCAAUAUCAUAACGUAUUCCGACAAACCCCGUUACCUGGACAACUGUUUUAGUGGGACACUCAUGCAGGCGAACAUACAGAACAAGCAGCGAGCUGUCAAGCUGUUCAAGAAGCUCGAGAUGAAAGACACAGGGGAGCUGAACCUGGCACUCGAAGAGGCAUUUAAGUUGUUCAAGUCAGAGAAAAAAAAAGGACAAGAACAAUGCAACAAGGCCAUAAUGGUGAUCACAGACGGACCGUCAGAAACAUAUAAAGAAAUCUUUGAAACACACAAUUGGCCAAAUAAAACGGUGAGGCUGUUUUCUUUUCUGGUUGGUCGGGAAGUAAAGGAGAAUAGGUACGCCAAAUGGAUGGCCUGUGCCAACAAAGGAUAUUACACUCACAUCUCAACACUGGCAGAUGUACAAGAAAGUGUUCAGUAUUAUCUUCGAGUGUUGAGUCGUCCAAUGGGGAUGGCCCACAGAGAAGGCGGUCUUUCUAGAACCCCUAAAUGGACACCGGUGUACACAGAUUAUACGACAGAGGUUACACAGAACCUCAGGGAGGGAGUGGGCCUGGUCAUUUCUGUGUCCAUGCCAGUGUUUGACACCAGUAAUUCAUCGGCUACUGGUGGGCGAUUAUUGGGGGUGAUGGGGACAGACAUACCAAUCCAAGAAAUCACCAAUCUGGUGCCCAAAGGCAAGCUUGGGGCCAACGCCUACACCUUUAUGUACACUCACCACGGAUACGUACUGUUUCAUCCCAACAUGAAGCCCAUGUACCAUAAGAUAAAAGGAAGCACGUCAGCUGAGAAGGAGUUCCGUCCCUUUUUUAACACCAUUGACAUCACAGAGAUGGAGUACGCUGUAGAUCACGAAGAAUUACACGAGUUUAGACAAAAAUUACUAAGUGCCUCAAAUCGAGGGAAAAUCAAGCUCAAAGUGAAAGUGCCUUAUGACCGAUCAGUGCCUUAUGACAGAAUGAAUCGAGUAGAAGUGGUCACCCACUCGUACUACACUGCUUCCAUCACAGGAACACCUUAUAAAAUUGCCAUUGCUUUGCCAUCAUACAGUUCCAGGAGAUCCAAGCUCACUCUCAUGGUGAAGAAGUUUGACAGGGUCUGUGUAAAUGUCCAGAACAAACAGAGGCAAUAUGAGUUCGCUCCAUGGCGUUACUGUGGGAACAAUGAGAUUUUGCAUGCCACUGGCUUCGACAGAAAAUUGAAGAUACUUGAUUUAUAUAAAUGUGUCAACGGGAAAGGAAAUUGCUCAGAUCUGGACAGUCUUUUGUACAGCGACCUGUUAGUCCACCAUCAGAUGAUUAUAAGAGGCACAAUAGGCAGCCAUGAGGACUACCGAUUCAGCAUAGCCAAUAAAUUGCAGACAGCAGGGAGUGAAUACUCAUUUGAGCCUGAAUACAAAAAGUUUUAUGAAAGGAAGGGGAUUGAGCUUUUGUUUAUUGCAACCAGAGGGGGCUUGACAGAUUUUGUUGCACCGAAAGAAAAUAUGAUCAGUCCAUACUGGAUGGGAAACAUGACUGCUACCAUUGAGGAGCUUUAUUACAGACAGGCCAUCAUGAACAAAGAGGAGAAGAAGAUAGACUACACAUUCUCUAUUCCUCUCAACAAAGAGUACAUGGAGGGAAACAACAUGACCAUUUUGUCCACUAUUCCCGUGUACGUGAACCGUUCUAACAUCGCAGUCGCCGGAAUGAUGCAGAACUUCAGUUCUUUCACUGACAUCUUUAAGAAGUAUCUCUUCUUCAACAAAUGCAGGGGUCCUGGUUGUUUCACAUGUGAAAAAUAUGGGUGCCAUCUUCUGGAUGCCAAUGGAUACAUUGUUUACGGCAUGGAGGGGGUAUCCAAGUUCCUGGGGGACACAGAUGAUUUAGGACUGAUGGCCAUGCUGAUCAAGGAAGGCGUGUUCAUCAGAGAGACGUACACAGAUUAUCAGUCAGAGUGCAAGGAGACAUACGAAGAGGAGACAGAGGAAGAGGGAGCCAGCUCUGCUUCAUUCCUCUUCAGUCCUUUGAAGAGACUGUUUGACAUUCUGCUGUGGUCUGCUGUGGAAUUUCUCAUAACUUUGGCAAAUGUUGGAUUAAGUGGAUGGUUUUACUCAGAGAAAGCAACAGCGGCACCUGUGAAUGACAACCCAUGUGUGUUUCAAGGUCUAAACAUAACUAUUGAAAACAUGCAAGAGCAAUACCAAACCUUCGCAAGAGCCAUUUAUUGUAACAAGGAACCAGAGAAUAUACACCUUGUGCCUUGUCACAUGACAAAGAGAGCUUAUCAUGCCAACUUCACGGUGUUCAGGAAGCACAGAGGUUCUGUAGAGGGCAUGGCCAAAGGAUGUGUUCCAUUCAACUGUACCAAGAGUUUUGCUGCAGUCUGGAUCAGAGAUACUAACCUGAUUCUGGUGUCGUCCGACCAGAACUGUAACUGCUCAGGCGUGGUUGAAGAGGUAGCCACAAUGAAUAGCGAUCCUAUUGUCUAUAAUGAAACAGAGAGAUGUGAACUGAUGCAGGAAAUAUCAGAGCGGGUACAAGUGGAGACGACCUGUAUUGACCAGAACCCAAAGGAAGAGACCACGGAAUGUGGUUGCCGUGGACUCCUUGCCUCUGUGCCUGUCCUUGUAUUGUCUGUGGCCUUGACCCUUUGGUUUAGCAGAUAACUUGACCUUUGACCCUUGACCUUCAAAAUUUAUAUACAUAGCAUCUCAUUGAAGAUGCAUCAAGGUUAUAAUCAUGACACUCAAAAUCUACAGGUUUUUUAAGGAAUUGAACAUGGACAAAGAAAUUGAAUAUUGAAAGAGUGUGUUUAGCUCUGUGUGAACUUGAAGUGCAUAUUAUCAUUGAUUGUUAUUCAGUAUUACAUGGUUCUUAAUUUAUAUAUUGUGCAUACUGCUAUCCCAUGCUAAGUGUCGCAGCCCUUACAAUCUGUCUACCAUAAAAAAAAACUUUGUCGCCUAGGACUUUGAUUUUUCCAUGAUUAGGUUGUAGGAUUUUAAAAUGACUUUUUCCAUGACAUUGUGUAGAUAAUAGUUACAUGAUCAUCUUAUUGCAUGAACAUCUUUCCUCCUACAAGGAUCACCCUUGGACCUUUUACAAAUACGAAGAAAAAGAGCUCUGAAAUAUUACUUCCAAGGGUCCUUCCCCAUUGAGAAAAGUAUUUCAAAUCAGCACAAUCUAAUGCCUUUUCUAAAAGAUAUUAUAUUCUAGCAUUCAUAUGACUUGAUAUAAGUAAUGAAAAAAAUUGCGAUUUUCAGGGGAAUAAAUAUGAUGAUAAAUUUAUAUUGCAUUGUAGUUGUGCAAACAAUACAUUCUGCCACUUUCAAACUACACAUCUGCUGGUCUGGUGUUAUCUAAUUGAACUACAAAGUUAACAAAGUAGUAUUUUAGUACCGGUAUAUAAAUCUGUAUUAUAUGAUUUCAAAAUCACAAAACUUUAUGAUAGAAUAUUUAUGUAACAAUUAAUUGUGUUUUUAAGUGCUUUAUCAGAAUUUGAUAUAAUUGCUAUUCUGGCAGUUGCAAUAUUAUAGUAAUGGGUUUCAUAUUCAAUACUGCAAGAUUGUUACACUUGUAUUUGCAUGAGUAUGUGAGUUAACAUUUGAAUUUAGAAGAUGGACAAAAAUACAUUGCCUUAGUACAUACAGUGAAUAUGGGAUCUGGACAACCAGGAUAUGGAUUUUCUCGUUUCUGUUAAGUUAUAAAGGACUACCAUCAGCUUAAUUAUGAUAAAGGAUAAGAAAUAUAUUUGUUGCAUAGUUAUGAAUUUAAAGCUGAAUAGAUAUUACUUUAUCAACUUUUCUGACCAUUCUAGACUGUGCUCAAUCAAAAUGUGAGUGUCAAGCAUCAUUGGUUAGCAAUUAUUAUUUAAUGUUCAAUAUUUGCCCAUGUUUCACAAUGACUUUGUUAAUUAGCAUGGAGUCUUUUUAAAUAGUGAUAUGCAAAAUUCAUGAUUUGUAUGGUUUAAAAUGUGAAUACAAAGAAUAAGUGCAUUUUUUUCAAGUUAUAGAAAAUGUUUGGGUUUCUUUUUUCUCCACCAUGUAUUUGUUGUCUCAAAUAUACUGAGAACAAUCAAAUGAUGUCAUCACCAAAUAAUAUGUUAUUUAUAGCGAUGGUUGAAUAUAGAAAUUUGUAUAAUAUAUUGAUUGCCCUAAUGACAAUAUUUAAUGAACAUCCUUGUUGUAUUUAUUUUGGUUUUGUUUAUUUUCAUUUAUUUGUUGUCACUUUUCUUUACAAUGUAUAAACAUAGUUAUGGACAUGUGAAAUAUGUCUUAGAUACAUUCUUUUAGUUAUCUGUGACAUGUUAAAGGGGCAUGGUCACGAUUUAGAUUGAAUUUUAUUUUUCUGUAUUCAUCAUCUACAAUGCUUUAGUAAAGCAUUUCUAAUGAUCAACCAAAAUUUGAGGGUCAGAUAUUGAAUUUUAAGUAAGAUACAGAACUCACGAUUCUUUAUUAUGUAAACAAGGCUCGUAUCCUGUUUUGAUUACACAAGAAAGAACUGUAAGCUCAGUAUCUUGCUUAAAACUUGAUGACUGAAACUCAAAUUUCGGUAGACCUUACCUUACUGAAGCAUUGUAAACAUUAAAAACAGAAAAAUAAAUCUUGGCCAAAAUUGUGAUAAUGCCCCUAUAAGAAAGUCUUAUAUGAAUACUAUUAAUUAAAUUGGUAAUUGUUUAUACAAAAUUUAAUUAAGCUUUAAUUUGUAAUCAGGAGAGGAGUUUAAGUGUAACGUUUCAUCUUACUUGUAUCUAGGCACCAAACAUUUUCUCAAGAUAUUUUCCGUGGUUGAAACUUAGUAAUGAAAUCCCAACCUUUUAUAGAGUUGUAGCUGUAGAUGAUAUUGGCCAUAAUUCUUUUUGCUCAGAGUUCAGCCUUUAGUGUUUAUACCGGUAUAUUAAUUGCAUAGUUUAUAUCAGGUAAAGUGGUUAUCAGUUGCUACUUACUCAAUGAAUAGUUCUUGUAAAGUACUGCCUUCAUGUAUAUAAAAUCACCUUGUAAGUCGAUUAUUAAAUAAAUGGAGAUGACAAUUUACUUUGCGAUUUCCUUUUAAAAAUUGGUUGGCAGUGAUUUAUAUUUACAAACACGCAUAAGCAUAUAUUUACCAUCUAAAACUAAAGACAAGGGGGGCUGUUAACGGCGAUAAAUAUUACUAUAGAAUAGGGGUAAAGUACCUGUAUAACCCUUUGAUCAAUUUUUUCUCACCAAGUCAAUAAUUUUUUUAUUGGACCAGAGUCACGUUAAAUGAGACCAUUUUACUAGUCCCACUGAUUUAUAAACGUGUCAUUUUCAUACAUUUAUAUGUUGUGCUAGCAAGAUUCCUUUGAAGUAGGGUAUUUUCAUUUAUAAAUAAAUCCUGGGCAACUUCACAAACACCUGUCGACACAAAUUAUUUCAUUUAGAUGUUAUAUGGUCUUUUAUAGAGAUGCAUUUCACAAAUAUAGUUUUACGGGGAGCAAAACGACUUUUGGUUGCUACGUUCAACUUGUUCUUUAUAUGUUGAAAUAAUGUUAAAUUUUGAAUUAUAGUAUUUAUUUAGCAUGUAGCUUUUGCAUGCAGCUUUGAAACAAAUGGUCCCAGAACCAUUAAACAUAGACAAGCAUAACUUUAAACUCGGUCAAAAUUUUCCGGAUUAAUAUUCUUGACUCGUCCAAGUUAAAUGAUCUUGAGGACAAACGGUUCCCUACAGAAUCCUCAGAAAACAUUUUUAUUUACACACCCCAUGAUGGUGUGGUGUACAUGCACUGAUAUAUUAUCGUUUUAAUUCUUGUCAUACUGUGACAAACAGUUCCGUUAUUUUCUCUAUGUAUCAAAUAUUGUUCGGUUUCUGUUUUAUGGUCGUUUGAUAUUUUUUAUUGUUAAUGAAGUACUGUUAUGAAUAAAGAUACUCUCACAACCUU